CUUUAUUUUGAAAAAUGCGGCUGACCGGAAAACGACGUGGAUGUCAUCCGGGGAGCGAGGAUAAACUAGCUAAGCUUGCAGGUUAAUGUGGUAACUAAUAUAGAGAAAGGAGGAUGAGCAGCUCAGAGGAGGUGUCCUGGAUCUCCUGGUUCUGUGGACUCAGAGGGAAUGAGUUCUUUUGUGAGGUAGAUGAAGACUACAUACAGGACAAGUUUAACCUGACGGGUUUGAAUGAGCAGGUGCCUCACUAUCGCCAGGCUUUGGACAUGAUUCUAGACCUGGAGCCAGAUGAGGAACUGGAAGAUAACCCCAAUCAGAGUGACUUGAUCGAGCAGGCGGCGGAGAUGCUCUACGGGCUCAUUCAUGCACGUUACAUCCUCACAAACAGAGGCAUUGCACAAAUGUUGGAAAAAUAUCAACAAGGGGAUUUCGGCUAUUGCCCUAGAGUCUAUUGUGAGAAUCAGCCGAUGCUUCCUAUUGGUUUGUCCGACAUCCCUGGAGAAGCAAUGGUGAAGCUUUACUGCCCAAAGUGUAUGGAUGUUUACACACCCAAAUCCUCCAGACACCACCACACAGAUGGAGCGUAUUUUGGGACGGGGUUCCCCCACAUGCUGUUCAUGGUGCAUCCGGAGUAUCGUCCAAAGCGACCAGCCAAUCAGUUUGUGCCAAGGCUAUAUGGUUUCAAAAUCCACCCAAUGGCCUAUCAACUCCAACUUCAGGCUGCAUCAAGUUUCAAGAGCCCAGUCAAGACAAUUCGCUAGAACGCCGCCCGGCGAACACAGUGGACUGAAAGACUUUGUUGUUUACUACUUGUUUGAAAGAAUGAAUAAUAUAUUCCAAAUAAAUGCCUGUACAGUUUCCCAAACGCUUAGAUUUAGACAUACUUCUUAUUUAGUGAAACACUGUUACAGUUGAGCAGCUUUUUUCUCUUCCUUAUUUAACGUUGAGCUAUUACCAACGGGUCAAUCUCCUGUAAGUGUUUAACGUUAAUUGAUGUCAAUCCUUUGACUCGAUCAUGAAGGCCACAGUGUGCUUUGUGGUUUAAUUGAAUGUAACAAAACAUCUUGCCAACAGCCCAACGGGUGUUUCCUAUCAGUGAGUCAGUCAAUGCUUUGGAAAUUCAACAUUAAAUACCAUCAAAUUCUUAACGUGUAUGUGUCAAUGUUAACAGGAGGUAUUUCCAAAAAACAAUGGCAAACUCGAAGUAGAAAAUGAUUGAAAAAAGGACAUUCUGGAUUUCAAAUUGUAUUCCUUUGUUCAUUUCACUUUAAAUUCAGUGGUUUUAUUAUGUUGUUUUGACAACUGUAACAUGUUUUCCUGACAACCCUGUAUGUGUUUGAUGUUUACAUUACAAUCUGAACAGAUUUCACUUUUUUUUUUCAAGAGUUUUGUGUUGAUUAAACAUGCAACAUUUACAGUGAAUGGCAUUAAAUAUAGAUUUCUUACCAAAGUAUGCUACACAUAUAGAACGCCAAAUAAAAUGCAAAAUUAUGCAUAUUUUAUUAUUUCAUAAAAAGACAGGGAUAAGUCACAAAGCAAAAAUAUUUUCCAUUGUCUAACAACUAUUUUCUUCAUGUGAAAUUCUACAUUUUCUUCCAGGAGAGGUUUCUGUUGUUGUCCAUGUAGCUACAAUACCAAUGGCUUAUUUUUGGGUAGAAAAAAAACAAAUGGCUAACAAACAUGCUAUCUAAAAAGGGAUUCAUAUAUUUUAAGUGUUUUCUCUUCUAUGAAAAAGCACAGGAAACAGCAAGUGUGAGCAAUCUACUUAGACUAUGUGGUAAAAAGGCUUUACAAACUUGGUUGAUAAUUAAUGCAAUAUUUAACAUUGUGACAUCUCUAGUGAAAGCCUGGAAAACAGCUUGUGUUGAAACAUCACAGUACAUCAAAUCACACAACAGUUCCUACUUUACAAAUAAAUUACUGUAUA